GGAGGAAGUGGAACAUUUCCGGGUAAUGAUAAUGGGGAUAGUGAAUCAAACGGUGGUAGAGAGAAAGGGGAGCUCACAUCAGACGGUUCAAGAUUGAAGGAAUCCGACGGUUUGUGAUCAAUGCCAAGUAUUUCUGCAGAUGAAUUGCUACCGGAUUGUGUAUGAAAUUAUGGUUUUAACAUAUGAACAGUUAUGUACAUAAGUUUUUGACUGCUUCAAUUUGUUUUAGUUGGGUUAUGUAAGUGUUUACUUUUUUCUGUUUCUUGUUUACAUUGUUUACUACUAAAACUUUAUAUUUCAUUAUCAAUUGUUUUCUUUACUUUUUAAUUUAUGUUCUUUGGGUUGUGUUGUAAGCAUUAUUAGUACACGGAAAGAGUAAAGUAGCAUUAUAAGGCUUACAAAGUAUGGAAAACUUGAGAUUUAAGAUAAUAAUUCUUUAAUAACUGGUCCAAUGAUUGAAGAUGUCUCAUCUUUCUUCUCUAUUAGCAUCUGAUUUCUUUUUUUCUUAGUUUUCAUUAAAAAGACCGCAAACUCUUUAUGCAUAACUAUUGCCUCUAACAUGAACUAAUUUAUGGCUAUGGGACAUAUAUCUUAGUAAAGAACCACUUUUAAAGCCCUAAUUAAGCCAAGAACAUUUUUUUCUUAAAACUUAAUUCAUUAGGACUAAAUAGGUAAUAUAGUUUCCAGUUGCUACUGUGGCUGCUAGCACUUUACAAAAUUUGUACUUUUUUUAAGUUUUCUGUGCGUUGGCAACGGCUUCUUACCAUCUAUAAGCUUAUGGCAUAAACUAUUGUGCUUGACAAAUGGAUUUUACUAGGAAUUGUAAAUGCUAUUUAUCUUAAUUGGACUAUAAUUUAAUGUGACUUUGUUCAAAAUGAAAACAAAUUCUUAUAACUUGCUGUUACAAUCAAUUAUGUUACCGUUGGCAACGUUCACUUGCCAUCUAUGCCUCCGAAGGCAUGAACUGCUGUGCUCGACAAAUGGAUCAUUCUACGGAAAUUAUGAAGUUUGCUAAAAAUAAACAGCCUCGUCACUCAAAAUGAAUCCCACCCCAGGGUCUUCCAUUUUCACUGAUCAAGGUGUAUUCGUUCACCAUAUCGCAUGGACUCCAACCUCUAAUGAUUCAUGGAAACUCAACUUUGCCGGUUGCACUGCAGGAGCUGGUUGCCUGAUGCGUGAUCAAAAUGCUAUAUUCAGGGCAGCCUGCGCAGCACCUUUGAAGGACUGUGAAAGCAUCACAGUGGCAGAACUGACAGCUUUGCACCAUGGACUUGAGAUUGCUGUAACACAAGGAGUAGAUUACCUCGAAGUAGAGGGAGAUCAUCCAAUUGUGUUUCAAUUGCUCCAAGGUCAGAUCUUGCCUUUGUCAUCAUCCACUGAGACACUUCUUGAAGAAUGUAUUCAGUACUUCAGAAGGUUUCGAAGUUUGAACAUUCGCCAAGUAAAACACAGCGUGAACGCAGUAGCAAACAAGAUUGCAACCUUGAGCAUUGGCCGCGUGGAGCCCUGUUAUUGGUUUGACAAACCUCCUUCUGAAAUAACAGAACUUCUUUUGGGUGAUGUAGUUGGCCGUUGGGUGCCUAUAUCUGAUCUGUGAAUUCCAUUGUAGUCUAAAUAUAAUGAACAUAUUUAGAAGAAUAUUUAAUGAAUAAUGAGAAAGAUCAAAAUAUUUAUCAAAAUAUUUUUGUGCUUGAAAUUUAGUCUGAUUGAUGACUAUACCUCCAUUGUAAACUUUGUGGGAACCACAAUUUUUUGAUCUUGUGCACUAGGUCGAAAGUUGUAACAAUUGCUUUUUCCAUCAAGAUGAUCUUGCACAUCAUCAAAUAUUAUAG